CUGUCGAGGGCGGCUGAGAACGGGCACGAGGCCGUUACGCGGCUGCUCCUCGAGAAGGGCGCCGCCGUCGACGCCAAGGAUGUUGAUGGGCAGACGCCGCUGUCGAGGGCGGCCGAGAACGGGCACGAGGCCGUUACGCGGCUGCUCCUCGAGAAGGGCGCCGCCGUCGACGCCAAGGGUUUAUAUGGGCAGACGCCGCUGUCGAGGGCGGCUGGGAACGGGCACGAGGCCGUUACGCGGCUGCUCCUCGAGAAGGGCGCCGCCGUCGACGCCAAGGGUUUAUAUGGGCAGACGCCGCUGUCGAGGGCGGCUGAAAACGGGCACGAGGCCGUUACGCGGCUGCUCCUCGAGAAGGGCGCCGCCGUCGACGCCAAGGGUUUAUAUGGGCAGACGCCGCUGUCGAGGGCGGCCGAGAACGGGCACGAGGCCGUUACGCGGCUGCUCCUCGAGAAGGGCGCCGCCGUCGACGCCAAGGAUUUUGAUGGGCGGACGCCGCUGUCGAGGGCGGCUGAGAACGGGCACGAGGCCGUUACGCGGCUGCUCCUCGAGAAGGGCGCCGCCGUCGACGCCAAG